CCGGGUUUUCGCUGCAGCUGCCUCGAGCGGGCUCCGGCUCCGGUAGUCCGCGCCCGGUUUUGCGCGCGGCUGCGCUGCCGUGUGGCGGCGGGGGAGGCUCCGGCUCCGUCCGGCGGGCGGGCGCGGAUCCGGCGCCGGGAUUUGCCCGGGGCCGGCUGGGGAAGUUGCCGAAGUUGUGCGGCGAGUGGCGGGGCCCGGCGCGUCCUUCCUGCGGCCCGGCCGGGGGCAUGGAACAGCAUGGCCGCGCGCCUCUCCCUGGCACAGCUAUCGAGUGCAAAUCCUGUGUAUGAGAAAUUCUAUCGACAGGUUGAUUCUGCUAAUGCUGGAAGAGUAUUAGCUUCUGAUGCAGCUGUUUUCUUGAAAAAGUCUGGAUUGACAGAUUUGGUACUUGGAAAGAUUUGGGACCUAGCUGAUACUGAUGGCAAAGGUAUCCUGAACAAACAGGAAUUUUUUGUGGCUCUGAGACUUGUAGCCUGUGCACAGAAUGGAUUGGAUGUUUCCCUGAGUAGUCUUAACUUGCCUGUUCCUCCACCAAGAUUUACUGAUACUAAUAGUCCUUUGCUACUCAGUGGAACAGCAUCAAGUGAUCUACCAUGGGCUGUAAAGCUGGAAGACAAGGUCAAGUAUGAUUCUAUUUUUGACAGCCUAAAUCCAGUGAAUGGACUGUUGUCAGGGGAUAAGGUGAAACCUGUGCUCCUCAACUCAAAACUGCCAGUGGAUAUCUUAGGACGAGUGUGGGAAUUGAGUGAUAUUGACCGCGAUGGAAUGUUGGACCGAGAUGAGUUUGCAGUUGCCAUGUUUUUGGUAUACUGUGCUUUGGAGAAAGAACCAGUGCCAAUGUCCUUGCCUGCAGCUUUGGUGCCACCAUCCAAGAGAAAACCUCUCAGUGUUCCAGGAGCAAUGCCAUUAAUACCAUCUUCAACCAAAGAGUCUCAUCAGUCCUUGCCACCUGUGGGCAUUUUAGCUGCCAAAACACCAUUAACACAGUGGGUUGUGUCGCCUGCAGACAAAAUUAAGUACGAUGAGAUCUUUGUGAAAACUGACAAGGACAUGGAUGGAUUUGUGUCAGGUGUGGAAGCCAGAGAACUGUUCCUGAAAACAGGACUGCCUUCUGCUCUCCUUGCACAUAUCUGGGCUCUCUGUGACACCAAGGACUGCGGGAAGCUUUCAAAGGAACAGUUUGCUUUGGCUUUCCAUUUAAUUAACCAGAAGUUAACAAAGGGCAUUGAUCCUCCUCAGGCUCUGACUCCAGAGAUGAUUCCACCUUCAGACAGGGGUGUCAGUUUACAGAAGAGUACUCAAGGACCGAAUUCUGUAGCAGAUUUUUCUGCAAUUAAGGAACUUGAUACAUUAAACAAUGAAAUUGUGGACCUGCAGAGGGAAAAGAAUAAUGUAGAGCAAGAUCUGAAGGAGAAAGAAGAUGCCAUCAAGCAGAGGACAAGUGAGGUCCAGGAUCUCCAGGAUGAAGUAAAGAGGGAGAGCAGUAAUCUGCAGAAGCUGCAAGCUCAGAAACAGGAAGCACAGGAAACCCUUAAUGAUCUUGAUGAGCAGAAGGCCAAGUUGGAAGAACAACUUAAUGACAUCAGGCAGAAGUGUGCAGAGGAGGCCCAUUUGAUUGCCAUGCUGAAGGCUGAAAUAACAAGCCAGGAAUCAAAGAUUUCAGCCUAUGAAGAUGAACUGACCAAAGCCCAAGAGGAGCUGAGUCGCCUGCAGCAAGAAACUGCAGAGCUUGAACAUUGCAUAGAAUCUGGGAAAGCACAGCUGGGACCUCUUCAGCAACAUCUGCAGGAUUCACAACAGGAAAUCAAUUCAGUGCAGACAAAGCUUCUUGAGCUGAAAGAACUGGAAAAUAACCAAUUUAGCUGGCACUCUCAGCCCCAUAGUACACUUGUUAAUGGAACUGUGGAUCAUUCCAGUCUUAGCAACAGCAGCAGUGAAACUGCAAACCUUAAUGAGAAUGCUGAGAGGGAAAGUGUAGCAGAAGAGGAACAAACAAACUGUGUGUCUCCAAUAAGGAAUAGUCCUGAAACAGCAGUCUCUGUAGGAGAAGAGAAAGAGACCCCAGCUGCAACUGUUACCAAAAAAGAAGAUCCAUUUGAUGCUGAGUCUCAUCCCUUGCCUGAUCUAGUUUCUGAAGCCAGCUUAGAGUUCUUCCAGUCUGACCCUUUUGUUGGCAGUGAUCCCUUCAAAGAUGACCCUUUUGGAAAAAUUGAUCCCUUUGGUGGUGAUCCCUUCAAAGGCUCAGACCCUUUUGCAGCUGAUUCUUUCUUCAAACAAUCCUCCACCGACCCCUUUGUGACUGCUGGCCCUGAUCCAUUUAGUUCUGCAGACAACAGUAAUAAUACCACAACAGAGAUAUCAAAGAAGAAUGACCCUUUUGCUCCUGGUGGAACCACUGUCACUACAUCAAAUGAUCUAGCUACAGACCCCUUUGCCUCCCUGUUUGGAAGUGAAUCCUUUGAAGGUGGCUUUGCUGACUUCAGCACGCUGUCCAAGGCCAACAAUGAGGAUCCCUUUAGCUCUUCCACAUCAGGCUCUGUCAGCAGUGUCACCAUAACUAAAAACUUGUUUGAGGAAGCACCAGCUAAAAAUGAGGAUGUUCCUCCUGCACUGCCCCCUAAGACAGGAACUCCCACCAGGCCCUGUCCUCCACCACCUGGGAAAAGACCUAUCAAUCAAAUAGACUCUUCAGAUUCCUUUAAGUCGAGCGACCCAUUUCAGCCUUUCCCCACCCCAGACAUGCCCAAAGAACAAGAAGCAGAUCUAUUCUGUGAUCCAUUUGCUCCCACCAGCAUCAGUAAAGAGGCUGACCCCAACAAUUUUGCAAACUUCAGUACUUAUUCUACUGAGGAAGACAUGAUUGAAUGGGCUAAGAGAGAAAGUGAGAGAGAAGAAAAAGAAAGAUUGGCAAGACUAAAACAGCAAGAGCAAGAAGACUUGGAACUGGCUAUUGCACUCAGUAAAUCUGAAAUAUCAGAAGCAUGAAGUCUAGAAUAAGAUUAAUCUGAUGUAAACUGUUUUGUCCCUUUUCCUGAGUACCUAACCUAUUUAAAUGUUAAUCAGAAAAUGCAUAUAUACAAGAAACUAUGAAAGGUUUUAAAUUUCUGAAAGUGAUGUGAAUGUUUCUGCUAAAUUUAAUCCUUUUGGUUAUUGUUUGAAUAAUUGUUAAGUUUAGCAUUCAAUUUCUCUCAAGUUUUCAGGAGAGCAAAGUACUUUUCCCAGCUGAAAGCAAAUCAGUUUAAAAUGCAGUUAGAGAGAUUGGGGUUUGACUGUAAUCUAUCAGCAGUUGGUAAUUGAGCAUAAAGUGAACACAGCAAUUAUUCUGUCAAGGCUGACUGUCUCCCAUCAAGCAGUUAGUCACUGGAAACCUUUUCUUCUUCUGAAGGGGUUUUAGUAAUGCCAGAGUUGGAGAGUGCUUUAUUUUAUAUGUAUGCAUAUAGAUUCUUUUUCUCCUCAUUGAAGAUUUUAUGUUGGGUUUAACAUAAUCUUCAUGAAAUCUCCAUCAGAAAGAGUGUGUCUUUCUGAAACAUUUGUUGCUUUUCCUGCAUGAUCAUAGGUUUUAAGACAGACCUGUUAUUUUGUUUUAUAAAGCAAAUUAAACUGAAAAUUCAUGUGCAUUUGCUGUUGGCUAAGGUGACUGUCAAAUUGUGAGACCCCACUGCUAUUUGAGCCACAUUUGCCUGUGAAAUAUGCAGCUGAACUGGCAAGCUAAUGAGUUCCAUUUGAAAUAGGAUUGAAAAUAGAAAGAAAAAAACAGGUAGUCUGAUUUCUAUUUUUUUUAACCACAGUUGUUUUCUGUAUAUGUAAUUUAUUGAAUGCCAACUGAUAGUUGCACCUUAAACUGAAUGAUUUCUGAAUGGUCACUGAGUCAGAGUAGGAUUGAUAGAAUGUUAAUGAAAAUAACUUAAUGAAAAUAACUUAUUGUUCAUUUUGAAUGAAUUCUAUUUGGAAAAUCAGUUUCAUUAAAAUAAUUCCAAAAAACAAGAAUCUUGUGCCCUA